AGCACAGGACAGCACAUUCUAAGGAGAGAACGAUGUUUCCAUUUGCUGUUAACACAAGAAACUGAUGUGCAGCCGGACUCCCUAGUUUAUACAUUUAAUAACGUUUGGGAAACGGGAUUCAGGUCACCAAGAUGAAAGCCCUCAUCUUUGUAGCUGCUGGACUGAUGCUUCUGUCACUCACUUUUUGUCAAAGCGGCAUGGAAAAUGACAUACACAACUUGGCAGAACCGACCUUACCUAUCAAGACCUUCCGAGGGGCUCCCUCAAAUUCUUUUGAAGAGUUCCCCCUUUCUGCCAUAGAAGGCUGGACAGGAACUACCACAACUAUAAAAUUCAAGUGUCCCGAAGAAAGUGUUUCAAAUCUUCAGGUGAAUAAUGCUACCAUGGGGUACCUGAGAAGCUCCUUAAGUACCAAACUGAUACCUGCCAUCUACAUCCUGGUGUUUGUCGUAGGUGUGCCAGCCAAUGUGGUGACCCUGUGGAGGCUCUUCUUCAGGACCAGAUCCAUCUGUAUGACCAUCUUCUACACCAACUUGGCCAUUGCAGACUUUCUUUUUUGUGUCACACUGCCCUUUAAGAUAGCUUAUCACCUCAAUGGGAACAACUGGGUAUUUGGAGAAGUCAUGUGCCGGGCCACCACAGUCAUCUUCUAUGGCAACAUGUAUUGCUCCAUUCUGCUCCUCGCCUGCAUUAGUAUCAGCCGCUACCUAGCCAUUGUCCAUCCUUUUACUUACCGAGUGCUGCCCAAGCGUUACUAUGCCUUCCUAACGUGUGGAUUUGUGUGGGCAACAGUUUUCUUAUACAUGCUGCCAUUCUUCAUCCUGAAGCAAGAGUAUUAUCUUGUCCAGCAAGACAUCAAAACCUGCCAUGAUGUCCACAACACAUGCGAGUCCUCGUCUCCCUUCCAACUCUACUACUUCAUCUCCUUGGCAUUCUUUGGAUUCUUAAUUCCCUUUGUGGUCAUUAUCUACUGCUAUACAGCCAUCAUUCAGACACUUAAUGCAUAUGAUGACAGAUGGCUGUGCUAUGUUAAGGCGAGUCUCCUUGUUCUUGUGAUUUUUACCAUUUGCUUUGCUCCAAGCAAUAUUAUACUUAUUAUUCACCAUGCCAACUACUACUACAACGACACUGAUGGCUUAUAUUUUAUCUAUCUCAUAGCUUUGUGCCUUGGGAGCCUAAAUAGUUGCCUAGAUCCACUCCUUUAUUUUCUAAUGUCAAAAAUCAUAGAUCACUCCACCGUUUAUCUUACAAUGGUGAAAUCAUCUUAGUAAUGAAGGCUCUCUGAAAACAUACUUUCUUGGGAUAACAUAUGCCUAGGGCAAGGGGUUCGAUCCUGCAGCUCCAUUUUUCAGCUCCUAAGAAAUAUUGCUGCAGAAUAAAACACUAUAAAAGCAUUAUUUUACAUUAAUACUUUGAAAGUGUUUUAAGGAUGUCACUACAGGAGAAAACAUAUCACCAUUUUCCUUAGGUCAACUGACACACUCGCCUGACUGGUACUUCAUGCUCUUUAGGUCUCUGUCUUCCCCGCUUCAUGAGGUUUCUACUCUAGAUGUCUUGGCGGAGGAGGUGGAAUAGGAUGAAGCACAGGGAGAAGCUAAGAUCUGUUUUCAAUAUCUGGCAUCAUUUUUAGUUCUUCUGUCUCCUUUGACACUCAUUGCUGGUGGCUGCCUCGCCAGCUCACUCUGAAGGAUUUUUAUCACUGGGGUCCAUCAUCUUAGUCCCACUAUUGCCUUCUUGCCAUUCUCUUCACUGCCAGCCUACCCUCCAUUUCAUCGGCCACUGCCAGAGCAAUCUUCUUCAGAGAGCAGACUGAGCACAUCCUUCAAAAUCCCCAGUUCAAAAACUGCCACUGACUGUCCACUGCAUUGGGAUAAACUAUAAAUCUAUUGCUUGGCAUUCAGGAAUAACUUUCCAACUUUGCUUCCCAACAAACCUUGCCUGCCAAGAUGGCACUAGCCAAACUUCUUGCUUUGCUGUAAUCCUGAUUUCUCUGCUCUUUGCUCUUGCCUCUAACUGUAAAGCUAUUUUUAACAUGUUUGCCUUAAUUAUUUUCAUCUCUUAAAGCCUUUGAAGGACUGUUCUUCUGGCUGUCAAACUAGGAGUUCCUUUUUCUCAUCUCCCUUUCUUGUAUUUUUAUUCUGACACUUAGAUGUAGUUUCUUUACAUGCAGAUAUUAAUUUCAUUAACACUUAUUAAGCACCAUGUAAAGAAGGGGCUCAUCCUCUUCCUUCUUUAGCUUCUUGUAGACCCAAGUCUUCUCGGGGUCUGUGGAGUCCAGACCCAUGCUUUGUAUAUCACGCUGCUGAGUGAACAAAUGAAAUUCCAAAACAUCUAAGCAUCUGAGAGCUCAUUCAAUUCUUACUGAGAAGGCAAGGUACUCUGUAUGACGUGGGACAUCAUUUUUAGUUGGGCGUGUAAAAAAAAUAAGCUAAACUAGAACACAUUCAUGAAGUCAUUUAGAAGUCUAAAAUAAUACCUUCAAUAUUUUUUCCUCAUAUGUAGUUUUUCAUGGGGAAAUAGUAUGUUAUAAAUGCCUAGUAUAUUCCUGUAAGUCAAUGACAUUUCUUUCACUUUAGGGAUUAGAUAGAAGAUGGGAUAAUGUGGUUAAGGGUAUGAAGGACUGUUGACAUAAAUGUUCAAGUUUAUGGGAAUGUGCAUAGACUAUAUACUUUAUAUACUUUGUAAUAAUUACCAAAACAAUAAAGAAUUUUAAAUGCA